GUUUUGAAUAUAAUUAUAUAAUUGGCGGUACCAAUAUAAACGCGAUUUUCACCAUUCGAUUCAAUAGCCAAAAAAAGAGGCGAGGAAGGAUGGGAGAUUUAGGGAAGGGAUACAAGCUAGUGUUCUUGGGAGAUCAAGGCGUAGGAAAAACGAGCAUCAUCACUUGUUUCAUGUACGGUAAAUUCGACACCAGUUAUCAGGCUACAAUUGGAAUAGACUUUUUGUCCAAAACAAUGCGCUAUGAAGAUAGGACUUUUCGUCUGCAAUUGUGGGAUACAGCAGGACAAGAGAGAUUUAAAAGCCUAGUACCAAGUUAUAUCAGAGAUUCUUCUGUUGCUGUUAUUGUCUAUGAUGUUGCCAGUAAGCAAUCAUUUUUAAACACCUCCAAGUGGAUUGAAGAAGUUCGUGCAGAAAGAGGCAGCCAUGUCAUUAUUGUUCUUGUUGGUAACAAAACCGAUCUUGUCAAUAAACGGCAAGUUUCAAUAGAGGAAGGGGAUAAUAAAGCUCGUGAGUUUGGAGCUUUGUUCAUGGAGACUAGUGCAAAAGCUGGAUUCAACAUUAAGCCUUUGUUCUGUAAGAUCACGUCUGCGUUACAAGGAAACGAGGCAGUUUCUUGGACGAAACCAGAGGAUUUAGUGGAUGUGAAUCUAAAGCCAUUGAUCAUUUCAUCUCAGGCAGAUCAUCAACAAGAAAGCAAUUGUUCUUGUUAAUGAAGACAUUAUACUUACAGACUCGAAAUUUUUGAUAAAUCCUCUUUUGUUACAAUGAAGAACUUUUUGUGAGUGUGAUCUAGACUAAAAAUGUCUCUGUAAACAUCGGUUCUAACUUAUUAAAAAAAUAAUUUAAGGUUUCUGAUGGGAAAAUC